AGCUUCAGAAAGUUUCAUUUGGCCAUCACGAACUUUUGGAACGCAGCCUGCAUCGCGGCGCCGUCGAUUAAUCGCAUCUUAUAUCCCAUACGGCCACGAUCCAGAAGAAGACCUAGAGGACACUACCGGUAGCGCCAGUAAAUAUCGGAAAGAAGAAGAAUAUAUGAUGACGUAAUCAGAAAGCGCCGUAGACGUUAGCAAACCAGUUAGCUCAGUUAGCCCGCAAUUUGAAAGGAGCUUACUGACAGCUUCACAGCUCGUGUGGGCGAAUGUUUUAUCUUGUUAAAUGAGCCAACAGCACCUCUGGUUCCUAGCAGCUGUUUGGGUUAGUCCUGGCUCGCUUUCAUUAUGACAGAGGAAGAGGAUUUACCAGCCAACUUUUUGACAGAGAAGAUGCAGCACAGCAGUGGAGAGCUGGUCCCUCCCGACGGCCUGUGUUGGUUGUCAGUACUGUUCUGUCUGAUGCUGGCUUGUUUUUAUGUUGGCAGCUUAUAUGUGUGGAGGAGUCACCUGCCGAGGGACCAUCCUGCUGUCAUAAAGAGACGCUUCACCAGCGUCCUGAUUGUGUCAGGUCUGUCGCCCCUGUUUGUGUGGGCAUGGAGAGAAUCCGCAGGUGUCAUGAAUGGCCCGUCUUUGCUGGUUCUCAUGGGAAUCCGGUUUGAAGGCCUAAUUCCUGCCAUUAUACUUCCUCUGCUCCUCACCAUGGUCCUGUUUCUGGGCCCACUCAUGCAGUUGGCCGUGGAUUGUCCGUGGAGCUUCACCGAUGGGAUCCGGGUGGCCUUUGACCCGUGGUUCUGGAUGUUGUGUGCCAAUGAUAUGCGGUGGCUGAGGAAUCAGGUGGUGGCACCACUAACUGAGGAGCUGGUGUUCAGAGCAUGCAUGUUGCCCAUGUUGGUGCCCUGUGCUGGUCCUUCUACUGCUAUCAUAACCUGUCCCCUCUUUUUCGGAGUGGCUCACUUCCACCAUGUGAUUGAGUUGCUGAGGUUCAGACAGGGCACACUGUUGGGUAUUUUCCUCUCUGCAGUGUUUCAGUUCUCCUACACGGCAGUAUUUGGAGCCUACACAGCCUUCAUCUUCAUCAGAACAGGUCACCUGAUUGGUCCGGUACUUUGCCACUCCUUCUGUAACUACAUGGGUUUCCCUGCCAUCAGCACAGCUCUGGAGCACCCUUACAGACUCACUGUCCUCUCCUCCUAUAUACUGGGGGUCCUCCUCUUCUUUCUUCUUCUGUUCCCCUUCACCGACCCCUCCUAUUACAGCCUCCCAGUCUGCACCCUCACCUCCUUUCCCAGUCCCUCCUGCCUCUCCUGAUCCUUGUCCCACCCUCACAUUUCUACUGUUGUCAAGAAGCAAUUGAGGGUGUUUUUGCUUUUUUUAAAAACUUUUUUACUUGUUUUUGUUUCCUCAUUAGCGUUAAGAGUUAAGGUCUGGUCAAAUUUGGGCCAACAGUGACGACUCUGUUGCCACAGAGAGGUGAGGAACUCUGUAGACCCGUUCUUUGGUCUACAGGCACUUUGUUUGUCUACAUUUAUGUGGCACCAGUCCUGUAACUCUGUCGAAAGCUGGUUCUCAUGGUGUGCAGAAGUUAGAGUCGCGUUGCUGAGACUAAGCUGAGAAUAAACUGGGACAGUCGAUUUCCAAAGACAGCUAAUGUGUCGUACACUGCCACACAGAUACGGGAUAGUACAGAAGAACUGACAUAACACAGAUGAACAAGUUCUCCUUAGAAUGCUGGUAAAUCUCUGUGAUAAGGUACCACAGUGUACCUCUGUGAUGUACUCCUUUCGGUCUGACUCGUUUUGGAUGAGUCUGGUUUGCUGCACCUUAGUCCCUGUUUUCAUUGUUAUGAUGGCUGCUUCUGUCUGAAAUCACAUCACUGACAUCACAUGACAGGUUGGAAACAAACAUGCUUCCUGCUCCUUUCACCUCACUCAUAGCUGUUUGUGAGAAACAUGACUAAUUUAUAUUUUCAACAAAUAAUAGUCCGUUGUAUAUUGUAUAUAUGCAGAGUGAUGGGGAUUGCUAUGUUGCUCACGUCAGUUGCUAAUUAUUUUCACUUUCAUGCCAGUUUUCCACUGCAGGUUCCAGUUUGUAAGCUAGCCUCUGUUUAAAAUGAGUUUCUGUGAUUUCUUAGACUUUCCUACAUCAUAUGUGUGCAGACUGAAUAGGACUCAUCCUUCACUCUGCUGCCUUUUAGCUUCAGCUAAAUAAAACCCCAACACGUGGGGCACAAUUUAAGAGAGAAGGAAGAACCGUGAACACAGAUUUAUUACAAACAAGAGCUAGACAGUGCUGCUGAAAUUGGUCACCAGUACAUGCCCACAGGACAAAAGAAGAUUUGUAACAACCUGCAUUGUGAUUGUUGCUGUUUUAACCAUCGUUCACCAUCAGUAGGCAGAAAUACAAGCACUCAGGAUUGUCACUGUCGAUGGCUCCCUCUUAAAUAAACCAGAUUAUGUAAACCA